AUGGGACGAGGAUAUUAUAGUCGGUUAGUACGAACAGCACGGGAUUGGAGAAAUGGAAGUCUAACCCGUCGAUGGACAUUUGAUAGUUCAUCAUCAACAACUGAAAAUAGAGGUUAUGCCGGUCAAGGAAAUCAUCAAAUAUCGGUUGGAGAUGUCGACGCAGAUGGAAAAGAUGAAAUUUGUAAUGGUGCGAGUGCUGUUGAUGAUAAUGGCAUGGGUUUAUAUACUAACCGUAAGGGACAUGGUGAUGUUCUACACAUGACAGAUAUAGAUCCUGAUAGAUUAGGACAAGAAGUUUGGCAAUGUUAUGAAAGUACAAACUCUUAUGGACAAUAUGGUUUAGCUUUACACGAUGGUAAAACUGGUGAAUUUAUUUGGGGAAUACCAAUAAGUGGAGAUAUAGGAAGAGCUAUGGCAGCUGAUAUAGAUCCACGUUAUAAGGGACUAGAAGUAUGGGGAGCAUUUGGAGGUUUAUACAAUUGUAAAUGCACUCAAACAGCACCAAAUCGACCAUCGAUGAAUUUUGGUGUCUGGUGGGAUGGUGAUUUGUCACGAGAACUUUUAGAUAGAACAGUAUUAGAUAAAUGGGAUUAUUCUCGAAAUACAACGAGUCGAUUAUAUACUUUCUAUCAACGAGGAAAUGCCACCAGUAGUAAUGGAAGUUAA